AUGACGCAAAUCGGAAUCUUCCCCGCCUCGGGCGCCCUCGGCACAAGCACAUACACUCACCUUCUAUCCGAUCCCCAAGUCCCCAAUGACAAAGUCACGUUGAUCAACCGCUUCCCUGAAAAGGUUCCUCAGAAAUACAUCAACAAUGGAACUGUCGUGAAGCAAGCUUCGUAUGAGUCUAGCGCCGAAGAUCUCCAGGCCGUCUUUGCCGGGAUCGAUGUGCUGUUCCUCAUCUCGUAUCCCAGCCAUGUCCGAGAGUACAGGACGAAAGUGCAUACGAAAGCUAUCGAUGCUGCGGUCAAGGCUGGCGUGAAGCAUGUUUUCUAUUCUUCUCUUGGAUUUGCUUCUAUCGGGAAGGAUAGUACCAAGGCCGAGGUUAUGGGGGCGCAUCUUGAUAGUGAGAAGUAUUUGAGGGAACUCUCUGAGAAGAAUGCCGGGUUUACGUUUACGAGUGUGAGGGAGGGUCUUUACAGCGAGUCUUUCCCUAUCUACACUUCCUUCCUGGAUCUCAAGAACCCGCCUUCGAAAAUCCAAAUUCCUCACGAUGGAAGCGGUCCAGGUGUGAGUUGGGUCAAGAGAGAUGAAUUAGGAGAAGCCACAGCGCGUCUAAUUGCAUCAUACGUCUCAUCGCCCUCAUCAUUCGCCCACACGAACAAGAUCGUCACUCUCACGGGUCCUAAAACAUGGACAUUGGAAGAGACAGUCGAAGUCCUAUCGCGCGCCGCCGGAAAAGAAUUCAAGAUUGAGAAGAUCAGCGUGGAAGAAUAUAUCAAUCUGCCUCAGAUCAAGGAGUAUUUUGGUACAGAGGAGAAGGCGACCACGUGGGCUACUGCGUGGGAGGCUAUUCGGGAUGGAGAGACUGCUGGUGUGACGGAUACGUUGAAGGAGCUCUUGGGAAGGGAGCCUGAGGACUUUGAGAAAACUAUUCAGGAGAUGAUCAAGAAUUAG